AUGUCUAUCUUGACAAUCGCUCUCCUUGUGAGCUCUCUUAUUGGAGCAAACGCCCAAGGGGCAUUAUAUUCACAAUGCGGUGGAGCCGGAUGGACUGGCACUACGAGCUGUGUCUCUGGAGCGUGUUGCACGUAUUCCAAUGACUACUACUCACAGUGUCUGCCGUGUGCUCAAAGUGAUACAAGGGCUGUCACCACAGCCACCACUCCAAACACAUUGACUACAGUCCGAAGCGCGACCUCUGCAGUAGCUAGCGCCACAGGAUCAUUCAAUAACCCGGUGCUAUGGGAAGACCUGGCAGACCUGGACGUUUUUCGAGUCGAUGAUGUAUUUUACUAUUCGGCAUCGACCAUGCACUACUCACCAGGGGCGCCUAUCCUUCGAUCAUAUGAUUUGGUUAACUGGGAGUAUAUCGGCCACUCAGUUCCGUCUCUGAGCUGGUCGUCGAAAUACGAUCUUACCAGCAACCAGCGGGCGUAUGUCAAAGGCAUUUGGGCUUCUACCAUGAGGUACCGCGCAAAAGACAAUAAGUGGUAUUGGAUUGGGUGCAUCGAAUUCGGCACGACCUAUGUCUACACCGCGUCGUCCGUAACCGGCCCUUGGACCUUGACAGCAACUCUCAACACAUGCUUCUACGACGCUGGGCUCCUGAUCGACGACGACGGCACAAUGUAUGUUGCGUAUGGCAAUACCAAGCUUUCGGUUGCUCAGUUGAGCUCCGAUGGCAAGAGUAUCGUCAAAACGCAGCAGAUCUAUGACAGCACCAACAGCCAGGGUACCCUCGAGGGCAGCCGCAUGUACAAGCGCAAUGGACAAUACUAUAUUUUGGUGACUCACCCAGCAAACCAAGAAUGGGUUUUGAAAGCCUCGAGUCCCUUCGGGUCCUACUCUAUCAAGGUCCUAGCCAAUAGUAUCUCUCCACCGGUGUCUGGUGGUGGUAACCCUCACCAAGGUGGCCUCAUCGAUACCUCUAGCGGCAAUUGGUACUAUAUGGCAUUCGAGGACGCGUAUCCCGGCGGCCGGAUUCCAGUUCUGGCUCCCGUCACUUGGGGCUCAGAUGGCUUCCCGACGUUGACUACCUCCGGCGGAGGCUGGGGCAAGAGCUAUCCCAUGCCAUUAGCAAGUCACCCUGUCACGUCGACCAUUGGUACUGACUCAUUCUCUGGUACCGCCCUUGGACCCGCCUGGGAGUGGAACCACAACCCAGAUACCUCAAAAUUCUCGGUAAACAAUGGACUUACACUCAAAACGGCGACGGUGACAAAUGAUUUGUACCAAGCUCGCAACACUUUGACACAUCGUAUCCGGGGACCAAUCUCCACCGCGACUAUCAAACUCGACACUACAAAUAUGGCAGCAGGCGAUCGUGCUGGGCUAGCCCUAUUCCGUGACCAAUCAGGUUGGAUCGGUGUGAAGAACGAUGGAGGUACUCUGACAGUCGCCAUGACUAAUAACAUUCUCAUGAAUACGGACUGGACUACCAAAAAUACCGGGUCGACGGUUGCAAGUGCGGGAGUUUCCAAGGGAACCAUUUAUCUGCGGGGGACAGUGAACAUUAACCCAGGAUCUGGGCGAACUGGAUCUUUUAGCUAUAGCACUGAUGGAACAACCUUCAAGAGCCUUGGGUCGUCGAUAACCCUGAACAACGACUGGCAGUUCUUCAUGGGAUACCGAUGGGGCAUCUUCAACUACGCUACAUCUGCCCUGGGUGGCUCUGUCCAGGUUGCUUCUUUCACCCAGACUGUCUCUUAA